CCUCCUCCUCCUCCUCCUCCUCCCCCAGCCCCGGGUGAUGGCCCCCCGCCCCCGGCCGGAGAUGCGGGGGUCCCGAGAAGCCCCCUCCUGGCCCUGGUCCUGGCCCUGCGCCCUGCUCUGCGCCCUGCUCUGCGCUCCGGCCCCCGGCUCCUGGGCACAGCCCUACCAGGGCGAGAAGGGCAUCUCGGUGCCGGACCACGGCUUCUGCCAGCCCAUCUCCAUCCCUCUGUGCACGGACAUCGCCUACAACCAGACCAUCCUGCCCAACCUGCUGGGCCACACCAACCAGGAGGACGCGGGGUUGGAGGUGCACCAGUUCUACCCCCUGGUGAAGGUGCAGUGCUCGCCCGAGCUGCGCUUCUUCCUGUGCUCCAUGUACGCGCCCGUGUGCACCGUCCUGGAGCAGGCCAUCCCGCCCUGCCGCUCCCUGUGCGAGCGGGCCCGCCAAGGGUGCGAAGCCCUGAUGAACAAGUUCGGUUUCCAGUGGCCGGAGCGGCUGCGCUGCGAGAACUUCCCCGUGCACGGCGCCGGGGAGAUCUGCGUGGGCCAGAACACGUCCGACAGCGCCGGCGGGCCAGGGGCCGGCGGGCCCACGGCCUUCCCCACGGUGCCCGACCUGCCCUGGACGCCCGCCGGGCCCGCGGGAGGAGCGGGCGAAGGCUGGGGCCGCCCGUCCUUCCCCUUCUCCUGCCCUCGCCAGCUGAAGGUGCCCCCUUACCUGGGCUACCGCUUCCUGGGCCAACGCGACUGCGGGGCCCCCUGCGAGCCGGGCCGUGCCAACGGGCUCAUGUACUUCAAGGAGGACGAGCGACGCUUCGCCCGGCUCUGGGUGGGCGUCUGGUCGGUGCUCUGCUGCGCCUCGACGCUCUUCACGGUGCUCACCUACCUGGUGGACAUGCGGCGCUUCAGUUACCCGGAGCGGCCCAUCAUCUUCCUGUCCGGCUGCUACUUCAUGGUGGCCGUGGCUCACGUGGCCGGCUUCCUGCUGGAGGACCGGGCCGUGUGCGUGGAGCGCUUCGCGGAGGACGGCUACCGCACGGUGGCCCAGGGCACCAAGAAGGAAGGCUGCACCAUCCUCUUCAUGGUCCUCUACUUCUUCGGCAUGGCCAGCUCCAUCUGGUGGGUCGUCCUGUCCCUCACCUGGUUCCUGGCGGCCGGCAUGAAGUGGGGCCACGAGGCCAUCGAGGCCAACUCCCAGUACUUCCACCUGGCCGCCUGGGCCGUGCCGGCCGUCAAGACCAUCGCCAUCCUGGCCAUGGGGCAGGUGGACGGCGACCUGCUGAGCGGCGUCUGCUACGUGGGCCUGUCCAACGUGGACGCCCUGCGCGGCUUCGUGCUGGCGCCGCUCUUCGUCUACCUGUUCAUCGGCACCUCCUUCCUGCUGGCCGGCUUCGUGUCCCUGUUCCGCAUCCGCACCAUCAUGAAGCACGACGGCACCAAGACGGAGAAGCUGGAGAAGCUGAUGGUGCGCAUCGGGGUCUUCUCCGUGCUCUACACCGUGCCCGCCACCAUCGUCCUGGCCUGCUACUUCUACGAGCAGGCCUUCCGCGAACACUGGCAGCGCUCCUGGCUGCUGCAGACCUGCAAGAGCUACGCCGUGCCCUGCCCGCCGGGCCACCUCGCCCCGGUCAGCCCCGACUUCACCGUGUUCAUGAUCAAGUACCUGAUGACCAUGAUCGUGGGCAUCACCACGGGCUUCUGGAUCUGGUCGGGCAAGACCCUGCAGUCGUGGCGGCGCUUCUACCACAGACUCAGCCACAGCGGCAAGGGGGAGACCGCCGUAUGAGCCUCGCCCGCGGGGGCCUGAGGGGAGACCCCCCCCCCUCAGGCCUGCCCCCCACCCCCCGACACCGACCACCCCGAUCCCGGCCUCCCAGUCGGGCCUCUCUCCUCCGGCCUACCAAGCGGGCCUCCCCACGGCCUACCAACCGGGCCAACCCACGGGACCUCGCCCGCCGGCCGGGGGAGAGGGAUGGCGUGGGAGGUGGGAGUUGGGGGGUCCUCAUCCCCACCCCGUCCCCAACAGGUUUGGGGGAAAAGACCCAGGGGCUGGGGGCUACGGGGAGGACGCUUCUCGGGACGUGGACGCUUCUCGGGACGUGGACGAGGCCCUGUCUUGACAAGCAAAUUGACAGAAGAGCAGGAAGAUGGGGAGGGGGGCAUCUCAUCGCUGCGGCCCACCCCCUCUCUGCUGCGAAAGAAGUUUGCUUGUGCCACCCUUGCCAGGCCCGGGUGAAAGGGAACCCGGGUGGGUUCGUUGCCCGGGUCAGACGCCCCACGGACCCCCGACUCUUCAAGCCCCAUCGGUUUGCCCCCCCCAUGCUCCCUUCUCCCCCCCCAGCAAAUGGACAUUCCCGUGGAUCAGAAGUCCCCAGUUGAACUGACCGCAGGUGUAACCCUUUUUUGGGGGGCAGUAGGGUAGGGAGGUCAAGGGAUGCGACAAAGAGGAUGUACAAAGUAGGUACUUUUUACUGCCUUGCUGCUUUUUUUCCCCCCUUAAUUUGGGGGUCGGGCCGGGGCGGAGGUAAGAAGGGGUUCGGACGGUUUCGCACCCUGGAAAGAAGGGGUGACUUGUUGCUUUUCAGAGAGGAAUGCGUUUUUUUUUUCUUUUCUCCUUGUCUUUGUUGUCAGAAACAAAAGAGGAAACAAAAGUGUCUUAGCCGUGGAAAGGCGUAACUGUGAAGAGGGCAACUUUUCGAGGCGAAAUUGCCAAGAUCUGAGGUUCACCCUUGGAUGAGAUUUUAAUUAUGUACAGAUAGACAUUCCUUUUUAUGGAAAAGUGGAAGGCAGGAUGUUUUUUUUUUAAUGUACCAUUCGAUCUAGGUUUCUGGUUCAGCUAAAGGGAAUGCAAGCAGGGGGGAGGUGUGGGCUGUAUGUGUGUGUGUGUGUGUGUGUGUGUGUGUGUGUGUCUGUGUGGGUGGGUGUAUGUGUGUCCCACAGUUUAAUUCAGAACACCUGGCAUAACAGGCCCUGUUAAAAUAUUCAGAUGAGACUGUCCCCUUCCUUUUUUUUUUAAUCCCUAUAGACCUGCCUUAGGUUUUCUUUUUGUAUGUAACCAUUUUAGAUGAAGGGAAAAACUCAAUGACUUCAGUCCUACGACAAAGGAGAUUUUAAACUAUGAAAAACAUUUUUGUCCCGUUUUCUUCAUUCCAGGAAUGGAGUUUAUAAAACAGUUUAUGUAUGCUGAUGUCAUCGCCUUGGCCGUUGUGGGGGAGGCGGAGAAAUGAGGGGAUCUUUUUUGAGGUGGCCACCGUGAUUCUCCCGGAAGAGUAUAAAAGGAAAGUUCAUUUGGGGGCCCCCACUUUUGAAAGAAAGUGAUUAAAAGAAAGUCAACUUCAAAGUAAUGCCACAGUUCUUUGAAAUCUGCUAGGUGGUUUAGGUUUGUUAAUCUUCAAUCUUUUCAAACAUUUUUUUUUUCUUCGGCGAUACAACUCUCAAUUCUUCCAGUUGGCGUACGAUCACGGGCUAAAGGAAAUUUCUCGUUUUCUUCUUGAGUAAUUAUGUGGAUUAUGAACCCUCGUCUCCCCUUCACCUCUGAUAUUCUCCUAUUCUCACCAGCCGAAAAUUCCCACCUCCGAAGAACACUAACCGUGGUUAAUAGAGGGCAACGGCCUGCAAUGAAAUUUAUUUUAUAAAUGCAGCCAGAUAACAAGCCCUUCUAGAACCCAGAGCUCUCGGUUUAGACUUCUUUUGGCUUCUAUCUCUCACGCGCAUGUGAAAAUUGUAAAAUAGAAGAGACAAGUGCGGUAUGUAUAUUUUGUAAAUCUCCCUCUUUUUUAAGAAAGUAUAUAUUGUAUUUAUAUGUUUUUACUUUGUUUGGAUUUUGGUUUUUGCCUUGAAAGGUCUGUAUGAGGUCCCACUUUAUCACAUGUACAGAUCACAAAUAAAUUUUUUUUUAAAUACCGAA